AUUUGACGAAGUAGAUUGAAUUUUGAAGUGAAUUUUUAAAAUCUGAAAUUGAAAAACCUGUUUUUUGAUUUUUCACCAGUGACAUUAUUGCGAGCCAUAAAUUCACCCGAGGCUUUGAUCGUUAUUGGUCGUUUGAUUUUCGUUGGAAACAAUUUUACUAGAUACAAGCCUUUGCCGUGGCAAACCACAUGCACGUUAAAGGCCUUUAAUCGCCUUGUAUAAACUUUCGCGAGCGCAUUAGUUAAAACCAAUUUUAUAUGUUUAAAUUCCUCUGUUCUAACGCGGGACCCAAACUGUGAUUGAAAAUUAUUCAAUGGAUCGCCGAGUGGUGUAACAGUUUCGAAUAUUUUCAUUGUCCUGUUGUUAAAACUCUCGAUCCUUUUUCUUUUCAAUUUGCGGGUGAAAUCUGGCGAAAAAAUGUGAAUUUCGUUGGACUGUCCCUCAAUAAUCGCGACCAAGGAGCUUCGCCCGUGAUUAAACGAUUAAAUACAGGGAUUAUCACAAAGUCAGGAGUGGGGAUUUUAAACACAGAUGACAACAGUAUUCAUGUUUAUACCAAGAUAGUGAACGAGAUUUGGUGGAAUUAUGACCAAAAAUUAAUUAUUUGAGGGGGAAUAAAUUCGCUGGCGCAUUACAGAGGAACGGCAGUUGUUUGUUUCAAAACGGUCAACAAUUUUUUGGAUGGAAUUUAACAACAUUCACAAGUUGGCCCUACAGAAACCCUGUCGGACGUUGAAACAUCGGUGUAGAUCGAUUUUUAGGGGAUAAUUUUUUUUAAUUUAAUAAGUGGAAUUGAACCCGCAUCAGUGAACGAUGGGUAUGGAUAAAUUAAAGUGGAACUUCCACAGUCUAGACCAGCUUCACUAUGCCGUAAACUCUACACUCCGAUAUGCCAUGCAGAACGAGAGGUGUAAGCGAUGGAGCAAGGUGAUAGAGACGUACAACCUGCUGCUGUGGAUGAUUGACCUCAAGAACCUUCCCGACGACUACGAACCCCCGUCCAUGUAUAACAUGCUGCUCUAUGAGACGUAUUACCACGUGGGAGUCGCAUACCAGCACGUGGGUGACCAUAGGAAAGCUUCCGAGGCGUAUACGAACGCCAUCAACACUGUGUCUAUACCCAAGAAUGGUUGUUUGGCUGGCUGCGUCAUCAACUCCUGUCUGAUGACGCCACUGUACGCCAGGAGGGCUUUUACUUAUAUACGACUAGGUGAAAUAAAAAGUGCCUUAAAAGAUGCCGAAAAAGCAGUCGUUCUAGACAGCAAAAAUCCGGACGUUUAUUGUAUUCGCGCACUCACAAAGAGUUCUUCUGAUAAUGAAGGGGCGGCAAUUAAGGAUGUCGAGCUUGCACUGAAACUGAAGCAAGGGCACAUGUGUUCAUUGAUGUUACGUUCGGCGCUAACCAAGCCCCUGGUCAAUCAAUUUUCGAGUUUGUUUGCGGUUGGCCUGAAGGCAGAUUCGAAUGCUGAGACAGAGAGCUGCGCAACGGUUACUAACUUCCGUCAUCCACGCAUAAUGGAAUUCUAUGAUAAAUAUUUGUUCACCCUAUGUGUACCCCACACGAUAGUUCAGAUAAAUCUGACACCAGACAAACCCAACAAAAAACAACAAACAGAGGCACAAAAGGAAGGAACACACGGCAAUCUGAAACAGAGGCCUGCUUCUGCCCCGGACAGUAUCUCGGUGGAACCGUUCAAGUGUGGAACCUCCUGUAAAGAAUUUGAUAAGAUGGUUACAAGAAGGCGAAAGGAUUAUGGAGAGGCAAUCCGGAAACAUAUAAGUCGACCAAAGACCGCAACGUCAUUUUUCGAACAAUUACAACGUGAAAGGAGAAAGCAAGCAGACGUGCAGGAAAUGGAAAGGCGACGGGCUGUUUCUGCAGGCGUGAAACGUCUUAAUGAAAUGGCACUAGUUUCCGGAACUGCGCACGCAGAUUCACACGCAAAAUUAAACAAUCGAAUACAAUCGGCACCAGUAAUACGUCAUAUGAAAACAACAUCCACAACGAUACAAAUUUUAGACAACUCUAAACCUCCAAGGCCGGUCAAACCUCAAAGGGAAAGUGAAAAUAAAGAGAACAUUGGGAGUUCCUCAAAUGUCAGUAGUGCAAAAGAUUCCGAGUUACGCAGAAACAAGUCGGUGUCAAUGAAAGAAAAAGACGAGAGGUCUCCAAGAAUUCCCUCAUCAACUAGAUUUACCUUUCCAACACCUGUUAAUUACUCUACACCGGUCUUUCAACCACUGAACAUCAAAGAUGCACCUCGAAUGUACUACAAACCAUGGAAGGGCGACAAACUCCCGGUCGCCGAGGUCAAUCGACAUGUACUCGCGCCAUGUUGGAAGUAAAGCGUGCCACGUUAUAGUGUCAUGUGUAUUACGUAUUUUGUUAAUUUAUUUCUAAUUAUAUGAAGUUGCAAAUAAAUACACCUAGCUCAGA